ACCAACACCCAACGGCAGGCCUUGUAGAAUCGUCAUCACCAGGAAGUGGACAUCGAGGGACCGUCAUCACCAGGAAGUGGACAUCGAGGGACCGUCAUCACCCGGAAGUGGACAUCGAGGGACCGUCAUCAUUCGGAGAGUGGACAUCCAGAAACUAUCAUUACACAGAAAACAGAUAUCGAGGGACCAUCAUUACAUGGAGAACGGACAUCGAGGGACCAUCAUCAGCCGAAGAGUAGCGGACAUCGAGGAAUCAUCAUCACCCAGAGAACAGACAUCGAGGGACCAUCAUCACCGGAAGAACGGACAUCGAGGGAACAUCAUCACCCGAAGAGUGACGGACAUCGAGGGACAUAAUAUUUGGAAGAGCGAACAUCGAAGGACUAUCAUCAUCCGAAGGGCGGACAUCAAGGAACCAUCAUCCAACUAUUCAAGAAGCAGAUAUCAAAUGUCAAUUUUCCAUAUCAUGAAGAAAUCACCAUCACCGUCCAUAGAAGAUCAUCGAGGGAGCAGAUAUAAUAUUGAAGGACCACCAUUAUUAUUAAGGAGUAGAUAUCGAGAGAUCAUCAUUACUCGGUACAUGGACAUUGAAGAUCUAUCAUCACUCGAAGAAUGGACAUUGAAGGACUGUCAUCACUCGAAGAAUGGACAUUGAAGGAUUUUCAUCACUCGAAGAAUAGACAUUGAAGGAUUUUCAUCACUCGAAGAAUGGACAUUGAAGGAUUGUCAUCACUCGAAGAAUGGACAUUGAAGGAUUUUCAACACUCGAAGAAUGGACAUUGAAGGAUUUUCAUCACUCGAAGAAUGGACAUUGAAGGAUUGUCAUCACUCGAAGAAUGGACAUUGAAGGAUUGUCAUCACUCGAAGAAUGGGCAUUGAAGGAUCAUCAUCACUCGAAGAAUGGGCAUUGAAGGAUUAUCAUCACUCGAAAAACGAACAUUAAAGGACCAUCAUCAUUCAGAGAGACAUCUAAAGAUAAUCUUUAACAUUAGAAAUCAUAGGAUCAUCGCUAUUCAGGAAAUCGGUAUUAUCACAUCAUCUGGAAGAUUGAACAACAUUGAGGAAAUACUAUUAUUUGUUCAGGUAUUACCUACCGAAAGAAUAUGGUCAUUAUCAUUUGAAUUUAGGUAUGAAAAUAUCUAAUAGAAUCAUUAAAAAAAAACAAAUACUGAUAUAUCAUAAUCGUCAUUCUCAUAAGAAUUCAAAUUAUUUAGAUAUCAAAUUAUCAAAGAGUUUAAAUUAUGAGUUAUCAUCCAGAGAAUUAAUCAUGAAUUAAAAGUCAUUAAUUAAAAGUUAUCAUUAUUAUUUACAGAACGAAUAUUGGAAGACUAUUUAAAAAGACAUAGUAUGUGAGAAUAUUGAAUAAAACUAUUAUUGGAAAAUAACUAAUUACAAAAGCAUCAAGAUAUAGGAUCAAUUGACAUCAUAAAACUUUGAUAUCAAAAACUUAAUUUAGAGAUAUUUAAAAUUUCUACGAAAGAAAGAACUUAACUGUUACUAACAUUUUUCUUUUAUAUUAUUUUUAACUUUUAUAUUUUCUUUAUACGUCAUAUAACAUUAUCUUUAUACGUUAUAUAACAUUAUCUUUAUAUUAUAGAAUUUUGAUAUAUUCUAGAAAUUUUCAAAUAUUUAAAAUCUUAAUCCCUAAAAGUUAUCCAUACGUUUUUUUUUUUAUUCAAAAAUAAUAUAAUUGUAGAAGUAUAUAGUAGAGGUAGAAAUAUUUUGCAUGGGAGUAAAAGUAUUUUUGUCGAGUAGAAUUUGGAUAUUUCCAUUUUUAUUUACAGAAGCAUCAUCAAGAUACAUUCGAGUUAUUGUUAGCCUCAAAAUAUAUGCUGUAAAAUUUAAGAUCAUUAACAUGAAGAUUACAAACACUCGAAGAAUCAAGAUCAAGAGAAACGACAUUUUAAUUAAUAAAUAGUAAUUUAAGUUAAU